GUAGGCAUUAGCAGAAUCUAGCAGGGAAUGGCAAGAUUUAGUAGAAAUUAGCAAAAUUUCUCGAGAAAGUAGCAAAAUUUCUUGAGAAAGUAGUAAAAUGUACUAUAAUUCUAUACUAGACAGCGCUUAGCAGAAGACUGAUGACGAUAUAUCCAUGCGUAUGGAAAUUCAUUGCACAUUGGCCCAGUAUUUCGAAAAUGGUUCGAGACACAAAGCAGGCAACUAUGCAUGACAUGGAUGCGAAUAUCGCUGCGUCUUCACUACUGUCAAAGACCGGGUCGUUGGCUGAGGUAUAUAAACCAGCCAGAUCCAUCCGAAUUGUGCAAAGGAACAAUCAACCUUCAGAAGAACUUUACAUUCAUAUCCCAGCGAAGUACCAACAACAUGUGUUAUACCGCAAUAAGAUGGCAUCGCUGCGGGAUUCAUACCGCGACAAAGGGGGUUCAUUGCCGAGAUGCGACGCUCAACGAAGCCACCGGAAGGCUGAAUUCAUGCGGGCAGCCUGGGGGCACAUAUGAUGCUGGAUUUACCCACCUUCUUUGCGGUAAACCAGAGUGUCCGCAUAACGUGCUAGGCGGAUGUUGGACUUGUUGCCAAUGUGGAGCAACAGAGAAUUACAUCAAUCCAUGCAAAAACUGCGCCCAUCAAUGCUGCUGGAACUGCCGACCCAUAGGUAAAUCUUCUUUUGCUGGAUUGAAUGUGGAAGCAAGUAACUGAUUGAUGACAGUUGUCAAUGGUUGAGUGGUAGAAGACCUUGCCUGGAAAGGAUCG